AUGUCAACGAUUCCAGAACGUGCAGCUAAACGUCAACGUACAGUUAAAACAGGUCAUGAUUUAGAUACAGUUGACUUUGAAACAAGUGAAGAUGUCGAAGUAUGUCCAACAUUUGAUGCAAUGAAUUUAAAUGAAAAUCUUCUUCGCGGCAUUUAUUCGUAUGGGUUUGAAAAACCUUCAGCUAUUCAACAACGAAGUAUUCGUCCAAUUGUCAAAGGACGUGACGUCAUUGCACAAGCGCAAUCUGGUACUGGCAAAACAGCAACAUUUUCUAUUGCGAUGUUACAACGAUUAGAUACAAAUAUACGUGAAACACAAGCAUUAGUUUUAUCACCAACAAGAGAAUUAGCCCAACAGAUUCAAAAAGUUGUUUUAGCUAUAGGCGAUUUUAUGAAUGUACAAUGUCAUGCUUGCAUCGGAGGUACAAAUACUGGCGAAGAUAUGAGAAAACUCGAUUAUGGACAACAUAUUGUUAGUGGAACACCAGGACGAGUUAUUGAUAUGAUCAGUCGAAGAUCGUUACGAACACGUCAUAUUAAAAUGUUAAUAUUAGAUGAAGCCGAUGAAAUGCUCAAUCUUGGUUUCAAAGAACAAAUCUAUGAAGUGUAUCGUCAUUUACCGCCUCAAACUCAAGUUAUACUUGUUUCGGCUACGUUGCCACAUGAAAUUCUUGAAGUAACAACAAAAUUUAUGACUGAUCCAAUUCGUAUUUUAGUCAAACGUGAUGAAUUGACACUUGAAGGUAUUAAACAAUUUUUCGUUGCUGUCGAACGUGAAGAAUGGAAAUUCGAUACAUUAUGUGACUUAUAUGAUACAUUAACAAUCACACAGGCCGUCAUUUUCUGUAAUACAAAACGUAAAGUCAAUUGGUUAACCGAAAAAAUGCGUGAAGCUAAUUUUACUGUUUCAUCAAUGCAUGGAGAAAUGAAACAAGAAGAACGUGAUGCUAUUAUGAAAGAAUUUCGUGCUGGUGAUACACGUGUACUUAUUACAACCGAUGUCUGGGCUCGAGGUAUUGAUGUUCAACAAGUUAGUUUGGUUAUUAAUUAUGAUCUACCAAACUCUCGUGAAUUGUAUAUUCAUCGUAUUGGUCGUUCAGGUCGUUUCGGUCGCAAGGGUGUUGCUAUAAAUUUUGUUAAGAAUGAUGAUAUCCGUAUUCUACGGGACAUUGAACAAUACUACGCAACACAAAUUGACGAAAUGCCAAUGAAUGUAGCUGAUCUUAUUUAA